AUGAGUAUCCUGGAUAAAUUGCCAGUCGAAAUUCAAUUGAGGCUUCUCGAAUCCCAUCCCCAACUGGCCUUCGUCAACACUCGUUGGUAUAGAUUGAACAACAAGCUAGGUAGAGACCGAUGUCUGCGCAUGAAGCCGGAAAUAUACUACCGACAAACAAUUGAGGAAUCUAUAUGUCGCUACAUCAAGACUCUAGACCACAGUCGGCUAGCUGCUAGACUCAUCAACGUUCCUCAUCAAUAUGCGGAAGAUGACACCUUUCAAUGCUACAUUUCUGACUCCUGGCAUAUCAUCUACAGCGUCUUAUUCCAGAACCCAAAAUUCUUUGCCAUGGACAGCGCCGGGCGGAAAAUGAACGCUGCUCAGGAUACUAUCUCUGAAUUCUACUGUCCCAUGGAAUUGGUUACUGGGCGAGACUAUCCAUGCAAUCUGUGGUUCACAAAACUUUCCAGCAGUGGCCGAUUUGGUGCAAUAAGAGUAGCCGUCUAUGGACAGCCAGAUGGUUCCGAGCCGCUGCUGCAACGCGACUUGCCUCUUAGCUUGCCUGACUGGUGCGAAUCAAAGGGCACUUACUGUAUCUAUGGAGGCGAGAUCAAGCUACCUAGCAGUGGAAAUGACUUGAAAGUGGUGCACAUGGGUGUUUCCAUUGUUAAUGGUGAUGGGAAUUUCGAGCUACAGGCCGUAGACACAAAACGGUACCAACCGCAGGCGAGUUGGCUACUUUUCAAGACGCAUCUCACAAAUAUAUUCAAUGUCAGCGAAAAGCGGUUGAGUGCGGACCGGAUGCGUUGGGAUGAGAAGCAAUUUGCCAACGACAUGGAAGGGACGCAAGAAGAAGUUGAGUUUGAAUUUCUAUACCGUUUCCCAAAGGAUCAAAGCAUGACGCAUAAUCUGAGUAACGUCAAGUACCCGUCCUUGUGA